AGCCUGGCCCUGCGCAAAGCUCCAGCCGCAGCCUGUAAUGAGCAGCCUGUAGCAGCUGCCUGACCGGGGACUCUGUCUGUCUUCUGUAUUCCUCUGGCUGGUCUGCUGGCUGUUUUUCCCCAUGUUGCAUGAGUUGCUGCGGGGCCCAGUGCCACCCAGAGUGCUGCCUUUUCUCGCCGCUGUGCUUUUCCAGAGGAAGGAGAGGAAGGAGAGGAAAGAGACAGGCUUUUAUCACUGGCGGUGGGAGAAGCAUCCUUACUACAACCUAACAGUAAAAGUUCUCCGAGCCAGAAACAUCAGGGGUACAGAUCUGUUGUCCAAGGCAGACUGCUAUGUGGAACUGAAACUGCCCACUGCGUCUCCAGUGGUAUCACGAACUCAGGUUGUCGACAAUUCGGAUAACCCAGAAUGGAAUGAAACCUUCCAGUAUCGAAUUCAUAGUGCUGUCAAGAACAUUCUGGAAUUGACUCUUUACGACAAGGACGUCCUAGUUAGCGAUGAGCUCACUUCUGUGGUCUUGGAUGUAGGGGGUAUGAAGCCAGGUCAGCCUCUGCUGCGCACCUUCAGGUUGAACCCUGAGGCUAAUGAAGAGCUGGAUGUAGAGUUUUACUUGGAAAAAUGCUCAGAUGCCCCUACUGAGGUACUGACCAACGGAGUCCUUGUGGUUCAUCCUUGCUUGUCUCUGCAGGGCACUGUCAACAGAGAGGAAAAAUCAAAAGAGAAACAGCAAGGGAACUGUGAGGUCAAGCUGUCUGUUCCAGGGGCAUAUGAGAAACAGUUGUGUAUUCCUUGGAGACCUGACAGUGAGCAGGAUUAUGGAAACUCAUUUGUCUUUCAUGCGGACAAAGAAAUGCAUCCAGAACUUCAAGUGGAGCUGGAGCAAACCAUAUUUGUCCUACAGGAUGGUGUGAACCCUGAUAUUGAAAAACAUACUACAGUUCUGGGAUUGGGGACUGUACCAGUUAAUUCUCUUCCUAUUGGACAAGAAGUUGACAGAAUUGUUCCUCUGGGAGAGGGACAAAGUUUGGAUAUGAGUUUGAAAGCUGAAGAGACUACUUGGGAUCUUGAUAUACGCCUGGGUUUUGAUCUCUGUAAACAGGAGAGAGAAUUUUUAGACAGAAGGAAGAAGAUAGUUUCUGAGGCACUGAAGAAGGCACUUAACUUAAGAGAAUCCCCUGGGAAAGAUGAGGUUCCAGUCAUAGCAGUACUGGGGUCUGGAGGUGGGAUGAGAGCACUGACAUCAUUCUACGGCAGUCUAGCGGGGCUUCAACAGCUGGGCCUUUUGGAUGCUGCAAUGUAUCUGUGUGGCAUUUCUGGCUCUACUUGGUGUUUAUCUACAUUGUAUCAAGACCCUAAUUGGUCACAGAAGGAUCUUCAAGAUGCAAUCAGCAGAGCUCAAGAUACUGUGUCCAGCAGCAAAGGAGGGGCAUUUUCCCCUGAACGACUGAAAUACUAUUUCCAGGAGCUGAAUGCAAUGGAGAGUAGUGGACGGAAAGUUUCCUUCACGGAUUUGUGGGGCCUUCUUGUGGAGUAUUUCCUACAACAGAAGGAAGACCCAUCAAAGCUGUCUGAUCAGCAAGAAGCAGUGAAAUGGGCCCAGAACCCCUAUCCCAUCUAUGCAGCUGUCAAUGUGAGACCCAAUAUUAGUAGUGGUGAUUUUGCAGAAUGGUGUGAGUUUACUCCCUAUGAAGUUGGGUUUCGCAAAUACGGAGCCUUUAUCCGAACAGAAGACUUUGACAGUGAGUUCUUCAUGGGACGACUCAUCCAAAAACGUCCAGAGCCCAGGAUUUGUUUUCUACAAGGAAUGUGGGGCAGUGCCUUUGCUGCAAGCUUGGAUGAUAUCUUCCUGAAAGUGGUUGGUAUAGGACUAGGCUUUCUAGAUUCUUUCAAAGAUGUCAUCAAAGUUGUAGAUGAUUGCCGAAGAUUCCAUUUUCGAGAUCCAACACGGCUGAGAACUCGCCUGGUUACACCUGGGGGCCCCUUGUUGCAACUGUUCCAGGAUUUCUUCACAUCCCGAGUCACAUGUGGAGAAACCUUCAACUUCAUGCAGGGAUUGUAUCUUCAUAAAGAUUAUGUCAAUGUCAAGAAGUUUGUAGCUUGGAGAGGCACUCAUCUGGAUGCGUUUCCCAACCAGCUGACCCCCAUGGAAGAGAGCUUGUAUUUGGUGGAUGGUGGUUUUUCUAUCAACUCUCCAUUUCCUUUGGUUCUUCAGCCAGAAAGGGAUGUGGAUGUCAUCUUGUCAUUCAACUUUUCCUGGGAAGCUCCGUUUGAGGUUUUAGAGCUGACUCAGAAAUACUGCAAGGAGCGGGAAAUUCCUUUUCCAAAAAUCAAGUUGAGUGAUGAAGAUGAAAAGAAGCCAAAAGAGUGUUACAUGUUUGUGGAUGAUAAGAAUCCAAAGGCUCCCAUCGUGCUUCAUUUCCCAUUGGUGAAUGACACCUUCCAGAAGUACAAAGCUCCAGGAGUUGAACGUGAGUCAGAAGAUGAGAAAUCCUUUGGUGACUUUGUCAUUGAGGCAAAGGAUUCUCCUUACCGUACGCUAAAUUUCACCUUUGAGCCGUAUGAUUUCAGCAGGUUGGUGGAAGUGAAUCGCUACAAUGUACUGAACAGCAAGGACAUUCUCUUCAAAACCCUAAAUCUGGCUCUGCAAAGGAGAAAGCUGAAGAAAGUCUUCAAUACAUGAGUGGCUUCCUAGCUGAGGAUCCAGACAGGCAGCAGUGUACCAAAGCUGCGUGAUUCAAGCAAGAAUGCUGAAAACUGUCUUCUGGGAAGUUGUAUGCAUGUGACAUGGAAAAUUCACUCCAGAUAAGAGAUGCUCUUGCAAAAACCUAAGGGAUAACAGUGCAGCACUGAUAUUAUUAUGUUUAAAAAAAUGGGGGAGAGGGGGGAAUGAUCUAGCCCAGUAUCUCAUCUUACAGUGGCUGAUACCAGGCAGACUAAGCAGGUGUCUAGAGGUAGUCUUCCAAACUCCAGUGAUCAGUGGAUGAAGGACCUCUUUUGUCAAAAAUGGUGCUGGUGUUUGAGAAACACUGAUUUCUUCCAUAGUUUUGUCUGUCUUGCUUUUUGAACCUCCAUGACCAUUUACAUUAUUUGGCAAGGAAUUCUGCAGCCUGUAACUAUGCACUGAGAGUGUAAAUGUCUCCUUUUACUUUCAGCUUCCUACUUGCUGAUGUCCAUGUGCUUACAAAACUGAAUGAUCAUUACUUGUUUGCUGUUUUUUAAAUUCAUAGUUUCAAAGACCUCUGCAAUAUCUCUUCCCACCCUCCCCAAGGAUUAUAAUGGCUUUUAGUCUCCAAAAGUUCAAUACAGAGUAACUUGCUUUGGUAACCAUUUGUUUUUGGGUAAAUGGUAGUUCCCUUUUUUUUCAUAUGUAGCAACUAAAGGCAUGUCAAGGGAUAACUGCUUCUUCCUACAACUUGGUCAUCACAAGCUCAUGAAACUUAAAAAAAUGCUACAAGUCUCAUGCUUUUUUUGUUUUCUCUGUAAGAGGAAGGGAGAGUCGUUGGAUGAGUCUGAAUUAGAUAUUCUUUUCCUUGCAUUUAGGCUUGCAAUUCAGCCAGAUCCUUGUUUAAGGAAUUAUUUUCUCUCUUUGUGUCCAUAUGUUUUAGAAACACCUAUGUUCAAGAUAGGCACAUCUUAUAAAUGUGAAUGAAUAAAAUGUCAGAUGCUGCUAUGUUGUGGGAUGGAAUUUACCUCACUUUGCAGAAAGCUUGGAGAAAAGGACUGUGUUCUACUUUUGGAAAAUACGUAAUAGGUAUAAGGGUUUUUUAUUUUUUUUUUAAGGUGGUGAACAGGUACUGUUUACACAUGUAACUUCAACAUAGAGCUGAAUGUACUUAUUUUGUAUUUGAAAAUCUGAGAGAAAGUUUGUCCCUUUUCAAAAUGAUGUAAAGGCUUAUCAACAGCUACAGUUCCUGAAUGAAAACUUACUGUAUUUCUCUUCUAAUAAAAAAUAAUUUUGAUAAUGUGCUUUUUACAA